AUGCCGCCUGGUGCCAAGAAGAGAAAGGCCUUGAAGAAGAAGAAGGAGCAGGAAGCUAUUGGAACCAGUGAGAUCAACAAAGACUUCAAUGGUCAUGGGAAUGAUGAACAGGGAAGCCAAGAGGAGGGAGAGAGUGAUGGAAAUUUGAGCUCCCCUGGUUCUCAAGGAAAUGGAGAGUUGUGGACAAGAGAUCCAUCACCUUCUCCGUUAUCUGGUCUAGCCAAGGCCACUGGUCAAGAGAAAACUGAAGGUGAAGACGUUAUUGAAGUCGGAAAAGAAACUGAUCAUGAUCAGGACAAACCAUCCAAUCCUUUUCCUGAAAAUACAAGAAAAGCAGCUUCUCAGUCCCAAGAGGCUGGUGCUAGUGGUACUUCAGUUUUGGAAAUUGCAUCUGCUGUUGAUUCAAAGGUUGUGAUUUCUGACAAAAAUGAGCAAGCUGAGACCUCAACGGCCCUGGGGGAUUCUGAUGAAAACAAAGAGAAGCUUAGACUAAAGGAAGCAAAGGAAGGUAACAUUGUAGGAUCUUGUGCUGAAACAAGCAAAGAAAUGAAAGAAUCUCAAGUGCCAGAAUGUUGUGAAGAAAAGAGUCUUUCGCCUCCUGGUCCACCAGUUGAUCGAACCUCGUGGUUGAGUUGCUGUGGUUUGUUUCAUGUGAUGGCUGGAUCUGAUAGAUAA